AUGAUCAGUGUCAGCAAUUACACCAUCUACUGCAUCUAUUCCGAUGAAAGGAAAGUAGGAGGCUGCGCAAUAGCUGUGAGGAAUGACCACAACAUCUUGAUGGAGAAGUUUGGAUCAAGGUCUUCACGAUACGUUCUUGAACGGCUGCAGGAUCGCAGAAGACUCAAACUCUGUAUCGUGCGUGCUCAUGCACCUACGGAAACCGCUGAGUACUACAACAAGGAUGCAUUUCAUAAUGAAUUCAAUACGUUGAUGUCCAACAUACCAAGCCAGCAGGCUGUCAUUGUCAGAAUUGAUGCCCACGAGCAAGCAUAG